UGACAUGUGAGUGACAUUAUUGUCACCCGGUUCCAUUUUGAUUUUUGACAGGCACAUUGGCAAAAAUUCUCAAGCAAGCAAAAGUUGUUUUUUGUUGUAGUUUUAAUUAGACUUCAAGCCCAAUUUUCGUUCAUUUAUUAAUGAGAAAACGGCACCAUCUUGGUGCGGGCAAGAUGGACAUGAAAACCGAUUUGGAGUUGAGUGGCAAAUUGAUAAUUAAAGUUCAAUUCGGCGACGAUAUUCGCCGGAUACCGAUCCACAACGAAGCGAUAACCUACGACGAAUUAGUUUUAAUGAUGCAACGGGUUUUUAGGGGCAAACUGACCGCCAACGACGACAUCACCCUCAAGUACAAAGACGAAGAUGGCGAUCUAGUAACAAUUUUCGAUAGCACGGAUUUAUCAUUCGCCAUCCAAUGCAGUAGAAUACUUAAGCUACAGGUGCUAUUAAACGCUGACCAGCCCGAAUCUGAGACUAUAUCGCACAGCGAAGUAGCCAAUUUGAAAAACCAAAUUAGAACGAUCCGCGAUCAAGUUAAUAAACUAUUAGACUUUUUCGACGAUAUCAAGACUGUCAAACACGCUCCUACUCAACAAGAUUCGACUGAAUCCAAUUUGGAUACAAACCAAUCAAGCAAUACUCUAAAUAAGGUUAAUUCUAGUGAGUUUGAUCCUUUACAAGAUAAGCAUCAUAAAAAUGGGACUGAGGAACAAAAGCAGCCUUCAAAGCCUUCUACACCGCAACAGAUUCAGAAUGAAGGCUCAAACUCUAGGCCUCAAUCAGCUUCAAUGUUGCCAAGUCAGCAACAGCAGCAGCAGCAACAACAACAACAACAACCUGUUGCCACUUCAGCUUCGGCAGUAAAUGCCCACAACAUGAGCGAUUAUUUUGCCAGGAAUUCAUUGGGAUUGCAGUACGCUGGACUGUCUGGUUACCCGCAGCAGUACAAUUUUCCGUCAACCGGCCGAUACGUUCCCCAAGUGAUGGACAAUUCCCCAGUACCAAAUUCAAACGCGUAUACAAACCCACCCCAAGGUAGCAUACCGUAUGCCGCUCAGCAACAGUACGGCCACCCUCCGGGCAGCGUUGUGUAUCCGACAGCCGGCGGGCCUCAAAGCAACCCUUAUUCUAAGCCUUUUUCGCAUCCCCAGCAACAAGGGUACAAUAUGCCGCCUCGCCAAUAGAUUUUGUUUGGAUUUUCAUUUAUUAUUCAAUUUUGGUUUUUACUUUUAAUAUCCAAUUUAGUGAAUCAAUUGUUGCUUUUAAUGCAGGUUUUUUUGGAGCAAAAAUUGCUUUAAUAUUAAGACUAUUAUUAUUAUUAUUAUUAUUAUUAUUAUUAAUCGUCCCAAUUUAGUUUUGAAGUUCUGUUUUAUUUAUUUUCUUUUGUAUGUACUGUUUGAUUUUUCUUUGAAACAGUAAUUAAUUAUGUUUCUUUUACUCGGGUGCAAAAAAAAAAAUUGACGCCUUGUUUGUUAAACAUUUUUAAUGUGUAUUGAUGUAUUUUUUAACAUUAUAUUAAUUCUUAGCUCUUAAUAAAAAUGAUAAUGUUCUUUAA